ACCGAAGCAGUACACACACCACCACACGCAACAAGGAGAGAGCAACAGAAAAGCCACCGCCUGCCGCCGCACGCCCGCACCUCCCUCGCUUCGCCGCGCACAUCUGGCAUCACGCAUCUCCAUCCCCAGCGCCGCUGCCCAUCACAUUUCCUGGUGCCGGCCGCCGAGCCCCGCGACCCCGCCCACCAGCUCCACCCGCACGACAGCACACGCGGAAAUGGCGGCGCCGGCGCUGCGCUCGGCGGCGGCGAGGGCGCGCGCGGCGGCGCUCUCGGGAGGGCGGUGGCUGGGGACGUCGUCCGCGGCGGAGACGGAGAGGGAGAGGGGGAGGGAGAAGGAGGAGGAGGAAGAGAGGGCUGGGUGGGAGCUCUCGGCGGCGCGGGAGUACUACGACUACCGCAAGUCCAUCUACGGCGACGUCACGCACCGCGCCCUCCUCGUCGACGCCGUCGGCACCCUCGUCGUCCCCGCCCAGCCCACGGCACAGGUGUAUAAGAGCAUUGGUGAGAAGUAUGGAGUGAAGUAUUCAGAAGAUGAGAUCUUGAUGAGGUACAGGCGGGCAUAUGAGCAACCAUGGGGCGGAUCUCGUCUCAGGUAUGUGGAUGAUGGGAGACCCUUCUGGCAGCACAUAGUAACUUCUUCUACAGGCUGUUCAGACGCACAAUACUUUGAGGAACUGUAUCAAUACUUUAUGACAGAAAAGGCUUGGAAGCUUUGUGAUCCUGAUGCUGAAAAUGUAUUUAAAGCUUUAAGGAGAGCUGGUGUUAAAACUGCCGUUGUCUCCAAUUUUGAUACCCGUCUACGGCCACUUCUGCAGACCUUGAAAUGUGACCACUGGUUUGAUGCAGUUGCUGUUUCGGCUGAGGUUGCAGCGGAGAAGCCGAAUCCAACAAUAUUUUUGAAGGCCUGUGAGCUUUUAGGUGUGAAGCCUGAAGAAGCCGUGCAUGUUGGUGAUGAUCGCAGGAAUGAUAUAUGGGGCGCUAGAGAUGCCGGCUGUGAUGCUUGGCUCUGGGGCAGCGACGUUCACUCCUUCAAAGAGGUGGCUGAGCGGGUCGGCGUUGAGGUGGCGAACAAGUGAAGUGACCCAAUCCACCGGUGGUGCCGCCUCGGCAGCGACGAAUACAAGUACAGUGCAGAACAGUGCCCAGGAGCGCGGUCGUGAAGAUGAUGAUGUACAUAGGAUAGAGAGUGAAGUGACCCAUCCUUGCUGUGUUGCUGUAGCGUGUCCGUCGUACAAAUGCUGUGGAAGAUGUAGAGCUCUAGUAGUAUUAGCUAGUGGUCGUUCAACUGCGGAGCCAGGUUCGCUGAUGGCGCAGCCUUGCUGAUACCAGACUGAGCUUCAGCAAACCAUUGCCUGUCCUGCUGAGACCUGGUUACAUCACGCUGUGCGCACGCGUCAGCGCGGGUGUGUGUGCUCGACGAAGCUCAUCACGCCGUGUGAUGAGGAGAUCUCGUCCGCGCACGAGGGCUAUUUCCAUCGCGGCUGCAUGUACAGACAGCGUGCCUGCGAGCGCUCAAGUCGGACUCAAGACGACGAAGCAAUGCAAGGAGGGAGGGCCAGCUAGCAGUCUAGCACCGCCGCAGCCGCAGGUGGCGCCGGCAGAUGCUACGUACAAGUCCGGUGUACGGCAAGACAAGCACGAACCGAUAGGGUACUUUAAUUAAUCCUCGUCGUCGCCCAAGCGAGAGUACUUUAAUUAAUUUAAUCAGGAACCACAUUCUUCAACCUGCUGAUGUUGCUAAGCUGCUUGUUUCUGACCUGCGGUGCA